CUACGCCGUCGUUUGUUUUGAUGAGUAAUUUUCAACAUAUUCAUUCAUUCCUAUCAAACACAGUUGUUCUCAGGUCGUAAAUAGUUAUAAUAAAUUAAUUGUUGCAAUGGAUUGGCUUUUCGGCAAAAAGAUCUCACCGGAUGAGAUGCUGCGCAAGAAUCAGCGCGCUUUAAACAAAGCGAUGCGGGAUUUGGAUCGCGAGCGUAUGAAAAUGGAUCAACAAGAAAAGAAAAUCAUAGCAGACAUCAAAAAGAUGGCCAAGGAAGGUCAAAUGGAUGCAGUCAAGAUCAUGGCCAAAGAUCUGGUGCGCACGCGACGCUACUCAAAGAAGUUCAUGCUGAUGAAGGCAAACAUUCAAGCGGUAUCGCUGAAAAUUCAAACGCUCAAAUCUCAAAACACAAUGGCCCAAGCAAUGAAGGGUGUCACCAAGGCCAUGCAGAACAUGAAUCGACAACUGAAUCUCCCGCAAAUCCAAAAGAUUCUGCAAGAUUUCGAAAAGCAAUCCGAGAUGAUGGACAUGAAGGAGGAGAUGAUCAACGACGCCAUCGACGAUGCCAUGGAGGAUGAGGGCGAUGAGGAGGAGACCGAUGCCGUUGUCUCCCAGGUGCUUGACGAACUUGGCUUACAGUUGGGUGAACAAUUGGGAGAUUUGCCCACUGCGUCCGGUUCGUUGUCCGUUGCCGGCGGCGCUGGCGCUCAAAAGACGGCUGCAGCUGUUGCCGCGGGUGGAGCUGGCGGUGGCCCGGCACCAGGAGGUAGUGGAGGAGGUGGCGGUGGAGCAAGUGGAGGUGCCGCUGGAGGCAGCGGAGGUUCCACGCCCAUGUCGGAUGCCGACGCCGAUUUGCAGGCGCGCCUGGACAAGCUGCGCAAGGAUUAGGAGCAGCUGCUUUAACUGCCGUUUUGUAUGCUUAGCCCACUCUGUUGAUUUUAUGAAAUAACACUUUGAUAUGCCUGUUUCCCCUGGACAACAAAAAUUCAAGAAAAACGCUUAACAACUUACGGAUAACAAGCGUAUAUUUCAGUUAAGAAGAAGAGUAAAGGGGAGCUGGGAACACGCAUCUAAAUCAAGCUAAAUAGAACAUCCACAGUUAGUUUAAGUUAAGUUUCACUGGAAGCCGUUGGCCAAAAAGACACGUUCCACUUCCUCGAAGACCUUCUCAGCAUCGGGACUGGCGUCAAUGGUCUUCACUUGGCCCGCCUGCUCAAAGAACUUAAUGAUGGGCAGCGAGUCGUUGUUGUACGUCUGAAUUCGUUUCUUCAGACUCUCCAUGUUAUCGUCGCUCCUUCCAGAGCCGCUCUGGCCACGUCCCAAACAGCGCUCCACACAAACAUCUUCAGCACAAUCGAAGAAUAAAACAAAUUGCAUAUCCGCCUUGCCAUCCAUUUGUCGAUUCCAGCCAUCCAAGUUGUCCUGGUUACGUGGAAAUCCGUCGAUGAGGAAACGCGUUUUACCAGAGUUCUUCAUGGCAUUCUCCAGCAGAGAACACGUGACCUCCACAGGUACAAUUUGUCCGUUUCGGAUGUAAUCCUCGAUGAGCUGGCCAAACUGGGAACCUUCACGGGCGCGUUCUUCGCGCAGAAGAUCGCCAGCUGAGAGAUGUGUGAACUGGAAGCGUUGCACAAUUUUGGAACAUUGCGUGCCCUUGCCUGCCCCUGGGCCGCCCAAAACGAAUACAACCUUUGGCUUUUCACUGGACAUUUUCCGGUUGUUGAGUAAGCUGAGGUAAUUAAUUUGCUGAUGGGAAUGUGCUUGGAAUUGCUGAGUCAGCAGUCGGUGUGGUGUAGCACCUUGAGCAGAUGACGACGACUCAACUGUUAUCGCAAUAAGUCGCGUAAAAGCGCGCCACAUUGACAACUAACUAUACAAAUGAAUAGAAAGAAUCGUCGUGGUGUAUACCUAAAUAAUUUCCACUGGAAAUGCAUGUUGUGACGUCACUACAGCUGUUCAAACAGCGGCCAUUUUCUUUGCGUGCGCCUUAGCCAACACUAUUAGAUUUCGCGCCAACUAAAACGUUUUAAAUGGGUUGAAUGUGUGUAUAUUUCGGUACAGUAAUGAUAUAAAACAAUUUUAAAUGAGUUGUGCUUGGUUUUUGUGUAUUAAAUCGGCCACUAGUUGAUAGGGUAUAAUAUGUUGAGAGCCCGGCGCCAGAUCCACUUCUUCAUCAUCAACGCCCACGAUGACUCCAGAAACUGCAGCCAAAAA